AAAAAACAGAGGCAAAGGUUACGAACAACAGGGUAAUUGGCAAUACACAUCCUUACAUACGUUGAGUAAUCAAAAUCAAGAGUCAUAAAAUUUGCAAGACUAAAGCUGUUUACUUCUUUACAAGAAAUAGUUGUUUGCUAUAUUUUGAACUUUUCAACCGAAAUUUAUUAUUGAAAGGGUUAUUAGAGAGUGUAUAUAUAUAUGAAAAAGUUCAAACACUGACGACGCAUCUAAAAGCAGUCAUGGCUUCGAAUGCAAGAGCGGUCUUCUCACAGCAAAUUGAUGAUGAUGGUGAAACACCUAUGUUUGUCAUAGAGAAAAAUGAUUCUCUAAGAAUUAGAAAAGGACAGUACUCUAUCAAGAUGAGCUAUUAUAACCGGAAAGUUUACUUCCACAUUCAAAACAAUGCAAAAGGAACAUCGACUUCCAUCCCCGAGGAGGUCAUGCUAGCAAUGGCAGGUUUGGGGGAAGAGAUUACAGCAGUGCGAGACUUUGUAAAAAGUCUACAACCCCCGAGUCCACCAAUGCUCAGAAUCACCCUUCCCAAAAAAAGGAAGGUAACAAUUGUUGAAUCAGACGAUAACGAAGAUGGGGGAGCUUUUUAA